GUAUGAGUUCUGUGGUGGUCGAGAGUCCCCAUUCCCCUCAUCCGCCUCCAGGACUGUACUGUUCGGGCGAAAACUUUGGGGAUUCUUUUCAAUCGUCUUUUUUUUCUUUUUUUUUAAAUCACGAGUAAGGGAAUCUAUGAACAUUGCCGGCGAACUUUAUUUUGAAAUGCAGAAGGAGGGGGCUGGAGGCGGGCGCCCAAGUGCCGAUGUCACCGGACAGGACUGCGGUGGGAAAACCGCGACUGCGGACAAUCUUCCCCCUCAGGCCGGCCGGUGGGAGGAGGUAGUGGACGGUGUGCGUUUACGGAGGAUCGAAUCCGCCCGGGAGGGGGGUGGCGGUUCGCUGUUGCGGAGCUCGGCCCCAGCAUCGCCGCUGCUACAUUCGACACACAGUCAACAUGGAGCUGGAGAACAUCGUUGCCAACACGGUUCUGCUGAAAGCACGGGAAGAGAGACUUCAGCCUCGGGUGUUGUCACAUGAUUCCGUUUCACCAAUCCGACGUAACCACUAGAGACGUUUGACUCCGUUCCACCAAUCAAAAGGAGCCAGGAAGUCACGUGACGGCACACAAAGUCUAUAAGGGGGCGGCGGCAACCGGAAAGGAAAGAGCAAGAAGUGGAAGCAGAUGCUGCAGUUCCCCCACAUCAGUUUGUGUGAAGAGCUGCGACAAGCCACCGAGAAAGACUACAGCAGCUUGUGCGAGCGGCAGCCCAUCGGACGCUUGCUCUUCCGACAGUUUUGCGACACCCGACCCGAGUUGAGGCGCUGUGUCAAGUUUCUGGAUGGCGUGGCGGAGUACGAGGUGGCGCCAGACGAGAAGAGGAAGGAAUGCGGUCAAGAACUCAUCGACGCCUUCUUCAAUCCAAAGUCGGAGGACCACGUGGUGGAGGUGGACGAGAGCACGGUGGCCCGCUGUGAGGAGGGCCUGCAACAGGAGGCCUGCAAGGAGCUUUUCAAGGACUCCACCAAAUUGAUCCACGACUUCCUGAGUGUGGCGCCCUUUGGAGACUACCUCGAAAGCAUGUACUACAACAGGUUCCUCCAGUGGAAGUGGCUGGAGAGGCAACCGGUGACAAAGAAUACGUUCAGGCAGUACCGAGUUUUAGGGAAAGGCGGAUUUGGGGAGGUGUGUGCGUGUCAGGUGCGGGCCACGGGGAAAAUGUACGCCUGCAAGAAGCUGGAGAAGAAGAGGAUCAAGAAGCGCAAAGGCGAGUCCAUGGCGCUGAACGAGAAGCAGAUCCUGGAGAAAGUCAACAGCCGAUUUGUGGUGAGCUUAGCGUACGCCUACGAGACCAAGGACACUCUGUGCCUGGUUCUGACGCUCAUGAACGGCGGCGACCUCAAGUUCCACAUCUACCACAUGGGCGAAGCGGGCUUUGACGAGAGGAGGGCCGUCUUCUACUCGGCCGAGAUCUGCUGUGGUCUCGAAGACCUGCACAGGGAGCAAAUCGUCUACAGGGACCUGAAACCUGAAAACAUCCUGUUGGAUGACUAUGGACACAUCAGGAUAUCAGACCUGGGUCUUGCCGUUCACGUACCAGAGGGCCAGACCAUACGGGGCCGCGUGGGAACGGUAGGAUACAUGGCUCCGGAGGUGGUGACCAACGAGUGCUACACCUUCGGCCCCGACUGGUGGGCGCUGGGCUGCCUGCUCUACGAGAUGAUCGAGGGCCAGUCGCCCUUCCAGCAGAGGAAAAAGAAGAUCAAGAGGGAGGAGGUAGAGCGGCUGGUGAAGGAGGUGCACGAAGAAUACUCGGAGAAGUUUUCGGAGGAGGCCAAGUCGCUUUGUAAAGCGCUGCUGGCGAAAGACCCCAGGGAGAGACUGGGCUGCAAGGGAGACGGCGGCGCUUCACAAGUCAAAGCACACCCCAUCUUCCACUCCAUCAAUUUCAAACGGCUGGAGGCCGGAAUGCUGCCGGCGCCUUUCAUUCCCGAUCCACAGGCCAUCUACUGUAAAGACGUGCUAGACAUCGAGCAGUUCUCCACCGUGAAAGGCGUGGAACUCGAGCCCAAAGACGAGUCCUUCUAUAGCAAAGUGUCCACGGGCAGCGUCUCCAUUCCCUGGCAGGACGAGAUGAUCGAGACGGAAUGUUUCUCAGAGCUUAAUGUUUUCUACCCGGACGGUAUGGUUCCCCCGGACCUGGAUUGGCGAGGACAACCCUCUCCGCCCCCGAAACAGGGACUCUUGCAGCGGCUAUUUGGCAGACAGGAAUGCUGCGGUAACUGCAGUGACAGUGACGACGAGCCAACCAGGCUGUGACGCACACACACACUGUACGCACACGCACACGCACUCUAUUUGUUUACAACCUUUUGCACAUUUCUAUUUGAAAGAUGGUCGACCUCUAAAUGUCCGAAUGUAUUUUCAUCAUGGCCAUAAUAAUAAUGAUGUUUUUAUUAUUAUUAUUAUUAUUUAAAAUAAAUGAUAAAAAUCACAGCGAGAGCAGUUGGAACAAUCACCUGCUGGAAAAUAAAAGAAGUGCCUUGCUGGAGGGCACUCGUGACAGUAAUACUUAGUACAGAGGGCAAAGCCUUCCUCCAUUGUCCAGGGAAUAAAACGAGUGACUUUUGACUAUGCUGUGACCAACUUUACUUCGCUUUUACUCUUGUGUGUCUUUUUAUUUUUGAUUUCACGAAAAGACGUCAAAGUGAAGCCCUCAGAUGUUUUUUGGUUAUGUUUUUUUUUUUUCUCAACACAGAAAAAAAAUGGCCUCCACUUGAUGUACUAUACGAUGGAUGCAACUGUACAGAAUGUGUAUAUUAAAAAUAACAAACAGUGAGCCCCCGUUGAUAGCGGGGACUAUGUUCCAGAGCCACCGGCAAUCUGUAAAAAUGUGUAGAGAGAACUUUUUUUUUUUUAGUUUUACGCCUUCCCCACCCUGCUUUCAACACAUCUAGACUUUGUAAAACAUAUUCCAACUUAUUAAAACACACGUUUUAAAGUA